AUGAGUGUCGCCGAACUUGUACGUCUAUUCAAUAAUCAAGGAAAUCCAUCAUCAUUUGAAAAUUAUCAAGUACAACGAUCUCCAAACGAUCAAAACAGAAACCAUCAACGACAUCAUAGAAAUGUUACUAGUCCUAAAAAAAUAGAAACAUCAUAUUCUACAAGACAGAAGGUAUCGAUUAAUCGUCCAUCGAAAGCUCAAGUUAAUAAUAGAACAAUACGUGGACAACCGUCGACAAUAGAUUCAUAUAAUUAUUCACCAGUGACACAACUUACAACGAGACAAAUUCCUCAUUCAUACAAUCACGAUCAACAUCGAUUAGCCAAUCAUCAAAACUCUUGGUUGCAGGACAGUUUCCAAUAUGCCAUUCCACCACAAGAGCAAGCAUACGAUCAAGAUAUAUUAUACAAACAAAUAGCACUUGAUGAAUCAAAUACUUUUAACCGUAAUCUUGCUCUGGAAUUACAAUACCCUGCAGAAGUAUUGUUUAAUGAGUCAUCAGAAAGAUAUGCUCCACCACACAUGUCAAUAAUAGCAAAUAAUAAUUUCAAUGAUAUGGAACUAAUUGAUAUUCAAAGUAUACUCAAUCGUCUUGAACAAGAUUAUUUUCAUACUGCUCAGCCCUAUUCAUCCAGUGUGAAAUUUAAUAAAAAUUAUGAAGAUGAUCAACUAUUAGUUAAUAUUGGAUCAAUGUCACCAGCAACUUUUCAACGAGAUUAUACAAGACAACAUAAGACUACAUAUCAUCAACAAGUACCAACACGUCAAGAUUUUCAUACAAAUGACUUUCGCUCAUACGAAAACAUGCGUUCGCAAAAUCCGUUUACCGAUCACCAAUUUCCAUCAGUAAAUAAAGAAAAACAUAGAAAACGACAUCAUGUUCACGCAUCACCACCAAUUCAUGUUCCAGAACCAGCUACUACAAUGAAUACAUGGACUCAAAUAAACAGUGAGUGCAUCACAUGA